ACGAGUGAUUACCGGUCAAGGACAGUCAAGAAUGUGAUUGUUGGUUCACAGUUAUUUAUUUACAUUUGUUUUUGUUAUUUAUAGACAAUUUUGAAAAGUUAGGAAAAAUUGUAGUUAAGCUUCAAAAUGACAGAAAAUGAACCAAAACCGCGGGAAUUUAAACUUGAUCCCGACUCGGAACUCAGAUUUGAAAUUGAGUCCAAGAACGAAAAACUUUCGUUGGAGCUGAAAAGCGGAUUAGCUGAGAUUUUCGGUACGGAACUGGUUAAGGGUAAAAAGUAUGAGUUCCUCGCGGGGGCGAAAAUGGCCGUUUUUACCUGGCACGGCUGCACCAUUGACCUGAUUGGCAAAACCGACGUAACGUACAUUGCAAAAGAGACGCCAAUGACAAUUUAUCUAAAUUGUCACGCUGCUCUGGAGCCAAUGCGAGAGAUAGCGGAGAAGGGGGAAACUCGCGGACCAAUAACGAUGAUCGUAGGACCUUGCAAUGUUGGAAAGUCAACUUUGAGUAGAAUACUGCUCAACUAUGGCGCGAGGAUGCACCGGAGACCAAUUUUCGUGGACCUGGACGUGGGUCAGGGUCAAAUAAGCAUUCCUGGGACCAUCGGGGCGUUAUUAGUUGAGAGGCCGGCCAGUGUCACGGAAGGUUUCAGUCAGCAGGCUCCUCUCGUUUUCCAUUUUGGACACAAAUCUCCCCAGUAUAAUAUUGAUCUCUACAACUUGAUUGUCACCAAAUUGGCGAAAGUCUGCAGUGAUCGGCUCCAAGCAAACAAAAAAGCGAGAGCCUCUGGUGUCAUCAUCAACACCUGCGGUUGGGUCAGAGGCGAUGGUUAUAAAUUGUUGACCCAUGCCGCUCAAGCUUUCGAGGUCGACGUUAUUUUGGUUUUGGACCAGGACAGACUGUACAACGAAUUGAAAACUGAUAUGCCAGACUUUGUGAAGGUAGUACAUUUGCCAAAAAGUGGAGGCGUUGUUGAAAGAGGACAAUCCCAGCGUGCAGAAGCUCGAGAUGCGGCUGUCCGCGAAUAUUUUUAUGGACUGAGGACACCGCUGUAUCCUCACAGUCUCGAGCUAAAAUUUUCAGAGGCAAAGCUUUAUAAAAUUGGAGCACCAAUUUUGCCCACUUCCUGCAUGCCAUUGGGCAUGACGGCAGACGAGAAUAUGACUAAAUUGGUUGCAGUUACACCCUCGCCGAAUUUAUUGCACCAUUUACUGUCGAUCUCUUUUGCGAGUUCGAGUGAGGACGAUGUCAUCCAGACCAACGUAGCUGGUUUCGUUUGCGUAACUAAUGUUGAUAUGGAGAGACAGACUUUGACGGUAUUGAGUCCCCAACCAAAACUUCCUCAGACGGUGCUUUUAGUUUCAGAUGUUCAAUUUAUGGAUAGUCACUAAAAAUCGAUCUAUUUACUCUUAGUUGAAAGUUAAAUGCAAAGAUAGUUUAGUCUUUAUAAUUUGAAAAGCUCCUAUUUUUGUUGUUUGUAAAUAUUGUA